AUGAAAAAUGCACUGAUCCGGGCGACUAACCGCCUUCCACGCGUGAAAAUCUCCUCCUCUCGACCCUUCUCCUCCUCCGCCGCCGCCCUCGCCAAGAACCGCAUCUACCCAGCGCGGAUCAGGAACGAGGAUGAGCUGCAGACGUUGAUCCUCAUGUCUGCCAGCAGCCGCGUGCCCUUGAUCACCUUUUGGAUGACGACCUGGUCCCCGGGAUGCGACCAGGUCUCGCCCAUCAUCCGCGAACUCAUCGAGCGCGACCGCGUGGGCGAGGACCGGGGCGGCGUCUCGUUCGUCGAGGUGGAGAGCGACAGCCCUGACCUCGGGGGCCUCUCUGGGAUCGCUCAGCGUUACAUGGUCAACUCCAUCCCGACCUUGCUCGCCUUCGAUCGGUCGGAGGCCCAGGUGGAGACCAAAGUGACGAAUCUGGAGGAGAUGAAGAGCAGGGCGUUCUUGACCAAGUGGAUUGAGAAUGAAGCCGCCAGGCAUGGGCAAGGAGGGGGCGGGACGCUGGGCGGGCUCUUGGGCCGAUGA